GAACCCCCAAAGCUACAAGAAGGAAAUGAAAUGUCUCUUGGGCCGGCCCCUACUUUUGGGGAGGAGAACAGCUUUAAACACCACUUUUACUGCGCCGUCAUGUUCCUCAGAAGGCAACAGGAGCGACGCCAAGUCCGCCAGAGACCACAUCUUCUCUAAGAUGCACGGAGUUGACCAACUCAUGUUGUGCAACGUUGCUCUGGAGCUUUGUUUUUGUCUCAGCCUUUUCUUGUGUUUAGUGGCGAAACAUUGAAAGUUCUGGCGAGAUGCAGCUCAGGACGGUCCUGGACGUCAACGUCGUGGAUGUCCAGAAGAGAAGGAAUCCAUCCAAACACUAUGUGUACCUUAUAAACGUGACCUACUCGGACUCCACCUCCCACGUGGUCUACAGAAGAUACAGCAAGUUCUUUGACCUGCAGAUGCGGAUACUGGACAAGUUCCCCAUUGAAGGAGGACAGAAGGACCCCAAAAAGAGGAUUAUUCCUUUCUUGCCAGGUAAAGUCCUGUUUCGCCGAAGUCACAUCCGAGAUGUAGCGGUCAGAAGACUCAAGCACUUGGACAACUACUGCAAAGCGCUGAUGAAGCUUCCCACACACAUUUCCCAAAGCGAAGAGGUUCUGAAAUUCUUCGAGACCAAGUCAGAGGACCUCAACCCUCCACCUGAAGACUGUGGAGGCUCUGGCAGACGCAAAUCAGGUCUGGACGCCUCGGACCCCAUGCUCCUGGAGCAGUACGUGGUGGUGGCCGGUUACCAGAAGCAAGAGCCGGCGGAAAUCAGCCUCCAAGCGGGUGAGGUGGUGGACGUCAUAGAGAAGAGCGAGAGCGGCUGGUGGUUCGUCAGCACGGCGGAGGAACAAGGCUGGGUCCCCGCCACCUACCUGAACUCCCACAGCGGCACGCGGGACGACAUAGAGCUGGGCGCCUCCAAAUCGGGGCAAGUUACUAAGCGACACAAGGCGCACCUGAAGAGGCUGGACCGCAGAUGGACGCUGGGCGGUGUCAUCAGCCGGCAGCAGAGCCCAGAAGAGACGUACGUCACAGUGCAACCUUACACCAGCCAGGGAAAAGACGAAAUAGCGUUCGAGAAGGGCGUCACUGUGGAAGUGAUUCAGAAGAACCUGGAAGGAUGGUGGUUCAUCAGGUACCAAGAUAAGGAGGGCUGGGCUCCGGCGUCUUACCUCAAGAAGAUGAAGGAGGACCUGUCCCCGCGGAAAAAGACGGCGACGGGCCCGGUGGAGAUCAUCGGCAACAUCAUGGAGAUCAGCACCCUGCUCAACAAAAAAGCCCCGGGCGAGAGGGACGCGGACGGAGUCUCGGAGAGUCCGCCGGCGGCACGGACGGAGAUCAGCUCGCCGGUGCUGUGUUCUGACUCCGGUCCUGUUGGUGGCGCUCAGGAGAGCAAAGCAAGAGCCGAGCAGGCCUCGCCAGCUGUGGCCCGUAUCGCACCUCAUCGAGUGGAGAUCGGCUCUCCAGUCCUCAGGCAAAAACCUCCUCCACGCAGAGAUGCAACGCUGGGCUUUCCUUUGCCGUCACCUCCAGAGCCCCCUACAGUGGAAGCGGAGUACUACACCAUUGCAGAGUUCCAGUCUUGCAUAUCUGAUGGGAUCAGUUUCAACGGGGGCCAAAAAGCAGAUGUGAUUGAGAAGAACUCCGGAGGAUGGUGGUAUGUGCAGAUAGGCGAGAGGGAGGGCUGGGCUCCGUGUUCCUACAUUGAUAAACGCAAGAAGCCUAAUUUGAACCGUCGCACGAGCACGCUAUGCCGCCCCAAAGUUCCACCCCCGGCUCCACCUGCCAAGAAACAAGACUCGGUGGAGACGGUCCCUCCCAGGAGCCCUGGUUCUGAAGCUCCAGAGUCCCCCGGGAAGCCUGUGUACGAAGAGCCGGAGUAUGAUGUUCCGGCUAUCGGCGAUCUGGAUCUGGAGUCGGAGUUUGAGUUUCUGAGGGGCGAAGCUUCCUUGGUGGACGGGAAGAACGAGGACACGUCUUCCGAGAAAGGGUCCCAACUGUCCUCAAAACCCUCCCCGGCGUCAUCCCUCCACAGCGCCUCCUUCCGGAUGGGGGAGUCGUUCGAAGAUGGCCACGAGGCAGAGGGAGAGGAAGAGUGCAUCUAUGAGAACGAUGGCUUCCGGCCCUUCAGGGAGACCCCAGAGAGGCAGUGCAGCCGGGACUCCAACUCCUCCAAGACGAGUGUCUCGUCAGAAACUGGCAAGAAAAACCUCAAAUCAGGCGGGUGGAGAUCUGCGGCAAACAAGCUGAAGAUUGACUUGAACGGAAGCCAAAAGUCAGCCAAGAGGGAGGAGGGGUCAGGUUCUAAAUCCGCCUCCAAUGAGUCAACUCCAGAUAUGUCCAGACCCAAGAAGGACCAAGAGGAAAGCAAAGCCUCACUCAACACCAAAUCCUCCUCCAAACCAAAACCAGUAGUGAGACCAAAGCCACAGCUGGCAAAGGCGUCCAGUGGAGAUAAGAUGGACAUCAGCACCUUGAGAAGACAGUUGCGGCCCACAGGGCAGCUUAAGAACGGCACCAAAACCAAAGGAGAGGACUCUGAGACCGCAUCCGUCGUCUCCUCAGAGGACUCCUUCUCUUCUCAGAGCACGUCCUCAGAGUUCUCCUCCAACUAUUCCAAAGGCAGCCGGGGAGACUCGGACCUGGAAGGCUGCAUUCUCUAUCGCACCACCGACCCUUACGAGAAGGUCCAAGAGUCCGAGGUGAGCUUUCCUGCGGGGGUGGAGGUGCUGGUGCUUGAGAAGCAGGAGAGCGGCUGGUGGUAUAUCCGCUGGGGGGACGCCGAGGGUUGGGCGCCGACGUUCUUCCUAGAGCCCGUGCGGCAACAAGACGACAUAGCGGGAUCGGAAUCUGAUGGCACUCCUUCAAAACCCGGAAGCCUCAGUAAGUCCAACAGCCUGGAGAAGAACGAGCAAAGGGUCCAAGCUAUGAACAACCUCAACCAAAACCUAAAGAAAGUGAUUCCGCCCAUUCCUUCCAAACCUCCAGGUGGUUUUUCCAUACCGACCGGCUUGUUUGGAUCACGAAAACAGAACAGAGCCAAACAGCAGCAGGUUGUCCGUCCCCAGUCUGUCUUCAUCUCAGCCCCCAUCAGGGAUAGUCCAAGCCCGGUCGGCUCUCUCAGGAGAAACGAGUCCCUCAACUCCACCGACCACCCUCGCUCCAGCCCCACUGUGAGACGCAACGCCUCCUUUGGCACGAUGCCGCGCAGCCUGGCGCCCAACAACAUAACGCUGCCCAGCCGGAACCGAUUCGGCACCGGCAGCUCCGAAUUCCUGAGCGUCAGCCCUCAGAAGAACGCCCUUCCCACGUCCACCGUGAGACCCAAGCCCCACAUCAUCCACAACAACCUCAGAGAGGUUUACGUCUCCAUAGCGGAUUACCACGGCGACGAGGAGACAAUGGGAUUCCCCGAGGGGACCAGUCUGGAGGUUCUUGAGAGAAACCCCAAUGGUUGGUGGUACUGCAAGGUGCUGGACAGUGGCAGGCCCAGGAAAGGGUGGGUUCCUUCGAAUUACCUCGAGAAAAAGCCUUAGUGUGUGCGGAGCUGGCAGAACUCCGAGCACCGAGACUACUUACUUUUCUUUUGUAAAAGAACCUGAAGACGUUUGGCCAGAGGUUCAAUCAGGAAAUUGAAAGUGGAACUUAAUGGUUAAGAAGCCCCUUUCACGCAGAAACCGAGCUUUUU